UCUGUAUGUGAAUGUUAGAGAGAGGUAAGAGAUGGAAAACGCAUGCGCGUAGUCAAAGUUUCCCUCGAAAUAGAUUGAGUUAGCAUGCGGAGAUCACAGUGCCGCGUGAAACGGCGAACCCAAUGCAAGGCUGGUCCUGUGAAAAAUGUCAUUCAGAUCAAACAGAAAUUUCGAUAAUUCUUAUUGAGUAAGAAUUCAUAAGAUUUAUUAUUUCAUUAUUUUUUUACAUUAAAAAUUCAUUGAAUUUUUUCACUUUAAAUUUUCUAUGUAAUGUGCCAGCGAAUAUAUUUUUUAACGAAUUGCUUUUUUGAUUUUUUUUUGUUUAUAAAAACUGCAAGAAGUGAAAAUGUUUUGUUACAUCGUGGGAACUGAUCAUAUUGGAUCAAGAUAUGUUGAAGGGUUUAAAAGUAUGUCAAUUCAGAAACAUUGAUUGAUUAUUAAAGACUUGCAUAGUAUUAAGAAAUUUAAGUGUCGACGGAAUGUUGAACGUGUGCCAAAGCUCUGUAUACUUAUUUUACAAGGUGUUUGUUCAUCUUCAGCAUCAAGUUCUGAAACUAACCAGUUUCAUGUGAAAAAAAAGUUUUAUCUUUUUUAAUAUCUGCUAAAUGAUAAGUAAUUAACUUAAAAUAUGAUCCAUUCAUAAAAAAAAUAAUUACAAAUAAAAUUAAAAAAAAAAGCUCAAAUAAACGAAAUUAGUGUAUUGAAUUUAAUCUACCUAGAAUAUAGUCAAAAUAAACAUAGUAGCCAGUGCAUGAAAAACAACGAAUAAUUAUAAUGAACUCGACAAUAAUUGCAAUACUGUGCUGUAUUGUUUAUUAAAAAAUAAAUGUACCACAUUCAGAGAGAACUGAAUAAUAAAUUUUAAAAAAUAGUACGAACAUUCAGUAAACUGAAGUGCAUAGUGAAUAUUUUGUAAAGUCAAGUGAAAAAUGAAUAAGCAAAGUGCAAAUACAAUUUUAAAUAUUUGCUCAGAAGAUUUUUAAAUUAUUUGAAUUAAACCACAUAAUUGAAGAAACGAAAUGUCAACGAAUGUCGAUGUUAUUUGGCCUAGAGAACCUUUUGAGGAAUCAACGACACAUGUAAUGCAUGGACAUAACAGUUCCACUAUUUUCAGAAUGCUUCAAGAACGUGAAAUGUUUGGCAGAAAUGAUACCAUCAAUGACUUCAACGAAAGUUACAGGUUCUUUUCCAAUUCAACAAACUAUGAAACCUACACUUUUGACAGGACUGACAUCAAAGUCAUCUUCAUCACGCUCUACUCAAUAGUCUUUUUCUUCUGUUUUUUUGGUAAUUUAAUGGUUAUCUUCGUGGUCAUGUUCUCUCGAAAAAUGAGAGGAAUAACAAACUUCUUCCUGGCAAAUUUGGCAGUGGCUGAUCUUUGUGUGGGGAUAUUUUGUGUUUACCAAACUCUGACAAAUUAUCUAAUGAGCAGUUGGCCUUUGGGUGAUUUCCUGUGUAAAGCUUACAUGUUUGUGUACGCUCUUUCUUACACUGCAAGUAUCAUGAUACUAGUGCUGGUGUGUGUGGAACGAUAUCUGGCGAUAAUUCAUCCAAUAAAAUGCAAAUCAAUGCUCACAAGAAGCCGACUGAGGGCAAUAGUAGUAAUUGUUUGGAUUCUCGCAGCAGUUUAUGCUUCCCCGAGAUUCGUUUAUGUUGAAACAAUCAGUAAUGUGCUGAAUUCUGGAACUGUUGACAUCAUUUGUGCAGCAAACAUGGAGAAACAUAAUAAAAAGGUUCUAGAUGCCAUCAAUUUAAUCUUUCUUUAUCUUAUACCACUGUUCCUCAUGAGUUGUCUCUAUACGAGAAUUGCUGUGGGACUUUGGAAGAGCGGUGCUGCAUUUAAUGCACCGGGUCUAGUUGCCAGGACAAGAAACGGAACAGUCAAUCAUGUACGUGCUUCUAGUAGAAAUGUUCUUCGAGCACGUCGUGGAGUUAUCAGGAUGCUCAUUGCUGUAGUUGUUAUGUUUGCUGUGUGUAACCUUCCACAACAAGCACGAAUCCUCUGGCGUCACUGGGAUCCAAACUAUGAUCGUAGCUCUGAUUUUAGUACAAUUUUCACAGUUUCAACGUUCCUCAUUUCUUAUAUAAAUUCCUGUCUAAACCCACUACUGUACGCUUUCCUUUCACACAAUUUUCGCAAAGCUAUGUGCGAGUUAUUUGUUUGCCGCACUCGCAGUCAAGGCCCAGGUCUUGCUCGAGCAUUUACUGCUGGUGGUGCGGCACGCUUAGAAAGUGGCAAUAAUGCCCAUGUUCCUCAUAGCUCUGUUGUACGUUUGAGCUCAGCCCAUGACAGUCCUUGUACUACUCAUACUAUUACCAGGCAAAGCACGUACGUUAAACCUUCGUGAACUUCACUAUCCGGCCCACCGGCCGAUCUUAUUCCUCUCAGUAUCCUCAAAGAUACAGUCGACAUAUGAAAUACGUAUUUACAAUACACAGGAAAUAAAUACUGUGGAUUUAAUUAUGCAGUAAGAAUGUUGAAAACGGUCCUUUAGUUUGGACAAAAAUCAUUUUUAUGAUCUAUAAGGAUGUCAGAAAAUUACGUGACUCAGUUUUCUUUAAAAAAUAUGUUAAAAAAAUAGGAUUCGUACUGUAUACAGUACAUUUAUGAAGAUCUGUAAAAUUUAAGUGAUUCAAUAUAUUUUUAUUUCUACAUGUGCGAUAUUGAUUAAUAUUUAUUAAUGUCUCGUGUAAGAACUCUCUCUAACUUAACGUGAAUUUGGUUGAUCCAAAAAAAUAUUAAAAUAUUGCUGGCAAUAUAUUAAUUUGAUAGAUUAAUGUUAUUUAAAAUAUUUAGUAUUCAUGAUGCAUUUGAAAAUAAAAAUAAGAUUAUUAUUAUUAUGCAUAUAUGAAAAUGUGUUCAUUUCCAGGAUGUAAGUGUUGAAAAAUUUCCAAAUUUGUUUCAUAAAAGCACGAUAUAUCUAUAUAAAAUCGCAUGUACUUAAAAAGCCAGUAGAAUUAAAAAAUAAUUAAGAAGAUAAACACUUGUGUAAAUGUGGACCGUUUUUAACAAUUGUGUGCAUUAAAUUUUUUGCUGUGUGUGAAAUUAUUGGUACAAUAAUGAUACCAAGAUAUCUAGUAUUCACAUGUGAUCAUAGCAAAAUAUUUGCCUCUCAUAAAAAGUCAAUCUACCUCUCAUAAAAAGUCAAAGCAACAAUGGAUCGUUUGAUAAAGUUAAACAUUUUUAUAAUCCUAACCCCCUUAUCCAAGCAUCUUAGCUCACAUAUCAUCUUGCAACAAAGUUUAUGUCAAGAUUGUAUUAUUCGACGCAGUUUUGAUAGGGUGUCAGGAUAAAACUUAAUAAAUUAUCAUGAUGAAAAAUAUCUUCAACCUUCCCAAUGACCUUUAUUCACCGGCGGGCAACUUUUCUUUCCUAAAAAACAUCAACUGUAGUCGAGAGUGUAACAAUACUACUAAAGUCCUCCCUCAAAAGGUGAAUGGGACUCGAUGAAUUGUACCAGACGUUUUUUAUUUUUCCUUUUUUUGCUGAAUAAAGCGUGCUUCUUGUUCUUAGAUUCAUUGCUUUGCACGCACAUCAACAAAGAACAAUCUUGACUGACGGCAGUGACGAUUUUUCUUUUUCAUUCCAUUAAAUGUCUUAUUGUUAGUUAAAAAAUUUUGCCAUUUACUUAAUAUUCCAUUUACACGUAUUAAAAAUUGAUGCUUUAAAUAGAGAAUAUUUAUACUAAAGAAAUACAUGAGCAAUAAAUGAUUAGUUAACUAUAUUAUUUGUUUAUUAGUUUUUUUAGCAAAUCUGUUUCACUAAUUAAUUAUUGCUCAUUUAUUAACUCAGAGCUAUUUUUAUGGUACUAUUUAGAGCUUAAUACAAAUCUACAGAGUAAACUUUAUCAAUGUUAAACUAAAUUAAAUGUAAAUAUUUUAUUUACAUUUAAUUAUGAUGAUGAUGGUAUACAUAGAUGUUUGAAGGAUGAGAAGCUUCUUAAGGAGUGACAUACACCUGGAAAAGUUGAUAAAUACAUUUCCUUGCAUUAAAUGUUUUGCAAUUAUUUUUUAAUCCAUUUUUUCAUAUUACAAAUACUAUUAUCAAACAUUAAAAAAGACAAUAGUUAUUGUGCAAUGUAUAUUUUUUCAUGUUCUGGGUGUAUAUAUUCCUUAAAAUUGAAUUAUCUAUGUUUUUCGACAAUUUAAUAUUGCAAAUAAAUCGAAGCUUUCAAUAUUUUACUAUCUAGUUGAAAAUACUCAUUAAUGCUAAUUAUA